AAAAGAAAAAAAUCAACAACAGAAAUUGGAGAUAAUUAUGAAACAAAACUAAUGAUCGACCUUGUUCAAAAUGGGUUUAAUGCAUAUAUUACCAAGACAAAAAUCAAGAAAGAUGGGAAACUGAUAUGCGUUGGGGAUGGAGGAAUUGAUUUGUUUGGAAGUUAUAUGAAUAUGCAUUAUAUAAUUCAAGCUAAAUGUAGAACUGAUGAAGAAUCAUAUAUUCCUCCUAGUGAAAUUAGUAAAUUCAUAGCAGUUUUGAUGCAACAACCUGAAAAUACAGUAGGGUUUUUUGUAUCUAAUGCAAAAUAUUCAACAAGAUCUCAGAAUCUUGCAAAUAAUUCUAGAGUAAAAUUGAUAUUAUGCAAUGAUGAUAAUUUAAUCAAUAAAAUCAAAGAAGUGCAGAGAUUAUAUCCUGAUUCAGAUCGUGAUAUUAUAAGUAUUGAAGAUAUAACAACUGAUGAAAACACAAAAACAGAAAUAUUUGGUAUAAAAAUUGAAGGAAAGAUUAGGAUAGGAAAACUUAGAAAGAUUAGAUCUAUAACUCCUUACUGA